UGGAGAAAAUGGGUUAUAUGAGGAAAGGAAGAUAGAGAGAAGUGUGGGGUAAGGGUAAGGGGCCAAAGGGUGAAUUAAUUGUUUAAGGAGUUUGGACCCACAAUUUACAAAAUUGCCUUCUUUCUUUUUAGUCUAUACUUCUUUUAAUCGAUUUCCAUGGCAGUGAUUAAAGCUUUUUGCUUUGGGUGAUAAGAGAGAAAAGAUCCUUAUCCUGUGGAAUUCCAGGGCAACCCUUCUUCUCUAGCAGAAGAAUCUAUCUUCCUUCUUCCCCAUUGUUUUUUUCUGCUUUCUAUUUGAUAUAUACUGCUUUUAUUUGUUUGUUUUUAUUACUUUUUAUUGGAAAUAUUCCCUUUUUUCUUUUUUUAAUGAACUUUUACGAAUAGGCUUUGUUCCUUUGUUGUAAAAAGAAAAGGAAUGUCGAAUGUUAUAUUGUGGUGGUGGUGGCGUUGGAUAUGAGUUUGAGUUAAAAGUCAGGGUUUAUUAUUAUUAUUAUUAUUAUAGUAAGAGUAAGUCAGGGUUUUUUAUUAUUAUUAUAGUAAGAGGAUAGAUAUUGGUGAAAAUUUGUGUGUUACUGAUUUUUGGAGCAAAUUCAUUUUCGGGUGUUUUGGUUCUGGAUAUUAGCAAAAACUCCUGUUUCUAAAGCAGUUUCCAUGAGUUUUCAGUGAAAAGAUCUUUGGAUGGGUAGAGUUCUCAAGUCUUCUUGAAUUAAUCCAAAGCCAAAGCCAAAGAUUUAUGAUUCUGUCUGAUUGUGUUUCCUUGAGAAAAUUUUAGUUGCCAUCGAGUGAUCAAAGCUUUGUUCUUUAUUGAGCUCGGAUUGAAGAAGGAUUACUGUUUUGAUGGUGAGGUGAGUUAAGGGCUUUGAAAUGAUGAUGAGAAGAAGAAAAGAUGAGGCAAAGGUGAUGAGUCCAAUGUUUCCUAGGCUUCAUGUGAAUGAUACAGAGAAAGGGGGGCCAAAGGCACCUCCACGGAACAAAAUGGCUCUCUAUGAGCAACUCAGUAUCCCUUCCCAACGGUUCAACUCAGCACUCCCACUUCCACCAAAUAAUACCAACAGCUUGGUUCCUUCAAUAUCAUCAAGACAUGGUGAAGGUAAUGAAAGUAGUAUGUUUAUGCCAUUCGAAAACUCCCAUGAACCUUCAAGUUUGGCUGAGAAGUUCCAUUCCUAUUCCAUCCAUGGGGCUAAAAUAAGUAGCACAAAAGAAAAUCAACAUAAUCAAUUCCCCAAAGCUACUGAUUACCAUAGUUUGGAUACCACUCCAUCAACUCCUGCAGUUUGUAAAAGUACAUUUCUAUCUCCCCACUUCUCCAACUUAAAGAAAUUUUCUCCUAGGAAGCUAGGGCAUGAUGAUGACCUUAGGGUUCCUACCUCUGUUCUGUCCGGAAUAGAUCGAAGCUGCAGUUGCAAUAAGCACGGUGAAGAUCAGGAACGUUUCCCUGAAUUGAACUUGAGUUCUUCAAUGCAACUUCAAAGUGCUAAUGAAAUUUCUGUAGGUUCAAAGUCUAAAAGAUAUGUUGAGAACCAAGCUGAGGAGAAUGGAAGAUUGUUUCGAAGCAAUCAAGACCUGGCUGAUACAUCAUCCAACCUGUCAACCAAAAUGAAGAACUCAAAAUCGUUAAAACGUCCCCAUAAUUCCUGUAACAAAGAAAACAAAAUCAGCUCAGUGGAUAUACUAAACGGUGAGGUUCAUGCAAAUACUUGGUUGCAUCAUGAAUCUGGCAGAUCUCUGGAAAAUGCUUCCAAUGUGAGAAACAAGUCAUGCUCCAGACAAUCACUUGGAGUUGAUAAUGGCAGUCUGAAUGCGCUUGAAACCAGAUAUAAAACUCAUGAAGAAAAUAAUCCUGGGACAACGCAAGUCAGGGGUCUAAACAGACAUAAUAAGGUCCCAAGUACCUCCAUGAUGGAGUCUGUAUCUUGUUUGAAUAUGUGCCCUGAUGAUAUUGUGGGAAUAAUAGGUCAAAAGCAUUUCUGGAAAGUACGAAGAGCUAUUAUCGACCAACAAAGAAUCUUUGCCAUGCAAGUCUUCGAGUUGCAUAGAUUAAUAAAGGUUCAGAGGUUGAUUGCUGGGUCACCAAAGAUAUUGCUUGAAGAUACCUAUUAUAUGGGCAAACUAUCUUUAGAUGUUUCUCCAUUCAAGAAGUUGCCAUCUGACAAUGUUUCUGAACCUCCAUUGAUUGUUAAAAUCAGAGAUCGUUCUCAAAAACCAAAUAUUGGCAUUGAAUAUGCAGAUGAGAAUGCAAUUGCAAAGCUUCCCCAUCCUUCUGCCAAUGGUGAUACCAACAAAGGACUUCUUACACAGCGACCAAAAUAUGGGCCUUACUCAGGAAAUGUCUUGUCAACAUCAACGGCCACGAAUACCGGAUCAUCAUCUCCUUGGGGUUUUUCUCCACCUGGAAGUCAGUGGUUAGUUCCUGUAAUGUCUCCUUCCGAGGGACUUGUCUACAAGCCAUACGCAGGGCCUUGUCCUCCAACUGCAGGUAUCUUGGCACCGGUUUAUGGCAGCUGUGGUCCUCUGAACCUAGCCACGGGAGGUGGGGACUUUCUGAGCUCAACUUAUGGUGUUUCUGCUUCUCACCAGCAGGGAUUUGGGAUUCUCCCUGGCAACCCUCCCAUAGGUCAGACCUAUUUUCCACAUUACGGCACGCCAGUUAGGAAUCCAUCGGUUUCCGGCUCAGUAGUUGAGCAGAUGAGCCCGUUUACUGGAGUCAAAUCAAUGGGCAAUCGAUUAUCAACAGGUGAUGUGAACUUCACCAUAGCUCAACAGAGUUCAUGCAACAUGUCAAGUCAGAUGAGUCAAGCGAUCUCAUUUUGUGUUACAAAACUGCCUGCGUCGAAAGAGAGCGAAAUACAGGCAAGUACAGCAAGUAGUCCCUCUGAGAGGACAAAAGGGGAUGCACUUCCUCUUUUUCCAACCAAACCCACAACUCAGGCAUGUACUCACAAAGCUGAAACUAGUGGGCAGCAAACACGGGUAAUUAAGGUUGUACCGCAUAACCGCAAAUUAGCAACCGAAUCAGCAGCUCGGAUCUUCCAGUCUAUACAAGAAGAAAGAAAACAUUAAGAUUAGAUUUUGUAUCUAAUAUGACCUACUUCACACGGACUGCCAACUCUUCGUCAAAUAUUUGAUGUUUAUCUAUCUUUAACUCUUAUAUGCUAAUAACAUGUACAUAGGCAACUUAAGGUUGAAAAGUUGCAUUUUAUGGUCAA